AUGAUUGAGGUGGGAUGGUGUUGGGGUGUUGUGGUUUGUGUGGGGGGGUUGGGGGGGUUGGGGAGAUAUGGGUUGUUGGUUGUUGGGGGUGGUGGGUGGGGAGGUGGUUGGGUUUGUUUUGGGGGGGGGGUGGUUGGGGUUGUGUUGGGGGGGUGGGGUGGGGGAGGUUGUUUGUGUAGUUGUGGUGGUAGGGGUUGUUUGGUGUGUGGGGGGUUUGGGGGGGGGGGGGUUGGGGUUGGGUUUGUGGUUGUUGUGUGUGUGUGUGGGUUUGUUUUUUGUGUUGUGUUUGUGGAUGUUGUGGUGUUUGUGUUUUGUGUGGUGUGUGGGUGUGUUGUGUGUGUGUGUGUGGGGUGUGUGUUGUGUGUGUUGUUGUUGGGUUGA